UCCUCUGCUUUCCCGUACAGAUGGACAGCAACAAGAGACGGAAUGCCGGGCCACCAGUGGGCGGAGCUUCGCAGCCCAAGCGCCCCAGAGGGGGCGGGGACUGGGACGAGGACGGCCCCUCCCGGUUUGAGGAGGAGCUAGCUCUGCUGGACGAAUCGGAGAUGGGGGCGGAGUUUAGGGAGGGGCAGGCUGGGCAUGACGUCAUACCAGUCGGGAACCUCUUCUCCACCGAUCUCAACCCCAAGUGGCCACGCCCCGCACCCCCGAAUCUGAACCCCAAAACUGACACCCUGACAUUCCAGCAAAUUGAACUGGAUUAUUACAUAGGCUCUCAUAUCUCAGGAAUGCCGGGAGCUACUCAGGGUCCUGUCCCGAUUAUCCGAAUGUUCGGAAUCACCGAAUCCGGGAAUUCGGUCUGUUGUCAUAUUCACGGAUUUGCUCCUUACUUCUACAUCAACGCGCCCAACGGUUUCUCUGUCUCUCAACUUGCUGAAUUCAAGAAAGACCUCAAUGCAGUUGUCCUGAGGGACAUGCGAUCCAACAAGGACAACAUUUCCCAAGCUGUCCUCGCCGUGGACAUCUGCAGGAAAGAGAGUAUGUACGGUUACCAUGGCAAGCGGCAAAGCGACUUCCUGCGCAUCACCGUGGCGACGCCGCGCCUCGUCGCCCCGGCCAAGCGCCUGCUGGAACAGGGGUUCAAGUUCGGCAGCAGCGCGGCGCAGAGCUACGCCUCCUACGAAGCCAACAUCGACUUCGAAAUCAGGUUCAUGGUGGACUGUGAUGUCGUUGGUUGUAAUUGGAUGCUCCCAGCUCUUAAAUACAGACUGAGAGGAGAGAUUUCAGCAAAGGAGUCCGGCAGAGAGUUGCCAGAGCAGGACCCUGUGUCCCUGUGUCAAAUCGAGGUGGACGUCGGAUGGACAGAUCUUAUCAGUCACCCCCCCGAGGGGGAGUGGCAAAAAAUCGCCCCCUUGAGAGUUCUGAGCUUCGAUAUAGAGUGUGCAGGAAGAAAAGGGGUCUUCCCCGAGGCUGAUAAGGACCCCGUGAUCCAGAUCGCUAACAUGGUGCAGAGACAGGGCGAGAGGGACCCCUUCCUGAGAAACGUCUUCACCCUCAAGUCCUGCUCCAGCAUCGUGGGCUCCCAGGUGCUAUGCUUCGACAAGGAGGCGGAGCUGCUCAAGGGCUGGGCGGAGUUUAUUCGCACUGUGGACCCCGAUAUAAUCACAGGGUACAACAUCCAGAACUUUGACUUCCCUUACCUGUUGAACAGAGCCCAAACACUGAAGGUGUCUCUGUUUCCCUUCUUGGGUCGAAUCCGAGGGGUCAGGUCUGUGAUCAGAGAUUCCUCUUUUCAGUCUAAGCAGAUGGGCAGGAGAGAGAACAAAAUUAUCAACAUGGAAGGGAGAGUGCAGUUCGAUCUGUUGCAGGUUCUCCUUCGUGAUUAUAAACUCCGAUCCUACACCCUGAACGCCGUCAGUUUCCAUUUCCUGCAGGAGCAGAAGGAAGACGUCCAGCACUCGAUCAUCACAGACCUGCAGAAUGGUAAUGCGCAGACUCGACGCAGGCUGGCUGUCUAUUGUCUGAAGGAUGCCUACCUGCCCUUGAGGCUGCUGGAGAAGCUGAUGUGUGUGAUUAACUACAUGGAGAUGGGCAGAGUCACAGGAGUGCCUCUGAGCUACUUACUGACCAGGGGCCAGCAGAUCAAAGUGGUGUCACAACUACUGAGACAGGCGAUGAAGCAGGAUCUGGUCAUGCCGGUGGUGAAGUCCGAGGGGGGGGAAGAUUUCACGGGGGCCACCGUGAUCGAGCCAGUCAAAGGUUACUAUGCCGUUCCCAUAGCGACGCUGGAUUUCUCCUCGCUGUACCCGUCAAUCAUGAUGGCGCAUAACCUGUGCUACACCACCCUGCUGCAGCCGGGGGCCGUCGAGAAACUGGGUCUCUCCCCUGAUGAUUUCAUCAAGUCUCCGACCGGAGAUCUCUUUGUGAAGGAUUCUGUCAGGAAAGGUUUGCUUCCUGAAAUCCUGGAGAAUCUUCUGACGGCCAGAAAGAAGGCGAAGGCUGAACUGAAGAAGGAAACCGACCCGUUUAAACAGAAAGUUCUGGACGGGAGGCAGCUGGCUCUGAAAGUCAGCGCCAAUUCUGUGUACGGCUUCACUGGGGCGCAAGUGGGCAAACUGCCCUGCCUGGAGAUCUCCCAGAGCGUCACGGGGUUCGGAAGGCAGAUGAUUGAGAAAACAAAACAGCUGGUCGAAUCCAAAUACACAGCAGCCAAUGGCUACCAAGCAGAUGCCAAAGUCAUUUAUGGCGACACAGACUCUGUAAUGGUCAAACUGGGAUUGGAGACUGUGGAGGAAACUAUGAAACUGGGAAGAGAAGCUGCUGACUGGGUUUCCAGCCACUUUACACCCCCCAUCAAACUGGAGUUUGAAAAGGUGUAUUUUCCCUAUCUGCUGAUCAGUAAGAAGCGCUAUGCUGGUCUGUAUUUCUCCUCCAAUCCUCACACUCACGAUAAGAUGGAUUGUAAAGGUAUUGAGACGGUCCGCAGAGACAACAGCCCCCUGGUGGCCAACCUGAUCAACACCUGCCUGAAACGCAUCCUGAUUGACAGGGAUCCAAUGGGAGCGGUGGAGCACGCCAAGGAAGUGAUCUCGGACCUGCUGUGCAACCGGGUCGACAUCUCGGAGCUGGUGAUCACCAAGGAGCUGACCCGGUCAGCAGAGGAGUACAGCGGCCGGCAGGCUCACGUGGAGCUGGCAGAGAGGAUGAGGAAGAGGGAUGCGGGCAGCGCCCCGAAUUUGGGGGACAGGGUCCCCUAUGUCAUCAUCAAAGCUACCAAAGGAGUCGCUGCUUACAUGAAGUCAGAGGACCCGAUCUUCGUUCUGGAGAAUAACAUCCCAAUUGACAGCCAGUACUAUCUGGAGCAGCAGCUGUCCAAACCGCUCCUGAGGAUCUUCGAACCCAUCCUGGGAGAGACGAGAGCAGAGAGCGUUCUCCUGAAGGGGGAUCACACAAGAUGUAAAACAGUUUUAACCUCUAAAGUCGGGGGGCUGAUGGCCUUCGCUAAGAAGAGAAGCACCUGCAUUGGCUGCAGGGCUGUGCUGAGUCACGACGGUGCUGUCUGCAAUUACUGCAAAGUUCGUCAGUCUGAACUUUAUCAGAAAGAAAUUACUCAUCUCAGUACCCUUGAAGAGAAGUUCUCUCGCUUGUGGACUCAGUGCCAGCGCUGUCAGGGCAGUCUCCACGAGGAUGUUCUGUGUACGAGUCGGGACUGUCCCAUUUUCUACAUGAGGAAGAAAGUUCAGAAGGAUUUGGACGAUCAGGACAAACUCGUUGAGAGAUUCGGACCCCCAGCCUGGUAAAAAACUACAGUUCCCAGCAGCUCUCAGGUGCAGAGGGAUGCUGGGAGUUGUAGUCCUUUAUGCUGCGGGUCUCGUAUCAUCUCUAUUGUGACACAUCCUGUAAAGAAAGCAUCGCAGAUUCAUCGAGACACAGUGAAUCAGGACAGCCCUGGCUAUAGGACUACAGCUCCCAGCAUGCCUCUGCACCCGCGGGCCACAGCGAGGGAUGCUGGGAGCUG